UAUCGGAUCCACGUAUAUUAAAUGAGAAAGAUUCCAAAUGCAUCUUUGUUCGAAUUGCUCGUUUCUACUCCGUCAAGUCGUCUGAGUUUUCCAAGAAAGCUCACUCCAAUCUUCCCAGCAAGCAACUGUCCUUUUCGUUCGCCUUGGAGUACAUGAAACGAAAACCCUUCCAACCCUUCUUUACUUUCCAAGCCUACUGAAGAGAGAUCAACAAAUUCAAGUCACGAAAAUGGACUCCAAUUUGCUGAAAAACUUGCUAGCUCGCCGGGAAAACGCCGUUCAUGAGCUGGCCGAAGGCUUUGAAUUGGCAAACCAGCUCCGAGCCAUCAUCCACGAGCCCUUCGGUACCGAUAGAUCCGUUGAAGCCGAUUAUCUGAUCGGGAAAAUCCUGAGGUCGUUUGCGGAUACUAUUUCGAUACUGAAUUCCGGCAAGGCUCCCGAUCCGAGUCCGGAGAACCCCGGGGCACCGUUGAAUACUUUGGGUACUUCGAUAAGAAAGAACCCCUCAUCACGCACAAGAAUCACCCCAAAUUUACCCGACGAUGGUCAUGUAUGGAGACAAUGUAGACGGAAAGAAGUCCUCAAUCCCAGAUACCCAAGGAGCUACUACUAUGAGUGUACUUACAGGACUUCUCAGGGUUGCCUAGCCAAGAAACUGGUGCAAAGAACCGAGGAUAACCCACUGAUGUAUCAGACCACAUACACAAACCACCAUACUUGCAACAACCGACUUAAAGCUCCUCCUCGCAUAAUGUUUGAUUCCACUACUCCUACAGACCCCAUCAAAUCAGCUUUUGGCUUGGAUACAAGCAAGUGCACAAACGAUGAGUUGAAAGACCCAUCUUACCCUACCUCAACCAAAACCCAUCAUCCUCCUGUGAUUAUAUCCAGUUAUCGGACCUGAGCGUUUCAUUUGUUUGGGUCCAGGCCAAUGUUGUCAUCAUAUUUGAUCACGGGGGAUGCCUAUGAGUACUAGGGUGCAACUGCUGCUGUAAUUGUGUUUUUUUUUUUUUUUUGCUCAGCACUGCUGCUUCUCCUUCAAGCUUCGAUGUAAAAGUGGCAAACUGUUCUGUCAUGUAGCGGGUUUAAUUUUGUGUCACUACCUAGCGUGUGAUUAUUAAUUUAAUGGAACCAUUUAUCA